GUCGCUGUCUUCUAUAUAUAACAUCUUGCGCUUAAUUAGAUCCAUUCUUAUCCCUGAUUAGCAACAGGUUCGUGUAACUCCACCACUGCGUGCCCAUGUAAAGGAAGGAAGGAUUCACACCAAGGACAAUGGUGAGAUAUAAAAAGAGACGCUGCAACUGGUCAUGUUUGUUAUCGCAGCACAAUCAAGAGGGUAAGUCCACAAUCCUUUGGCGUGCGACAGCAACUGUCCAGGAUUAUUCUCUGUGUUCGCAUCUUCUUCAAAAACUUCUGUUUCAACUUCUAGUCCAGUUGUAAUUCCUGAACUUGAACAGAGGGUGAGUAUAUAAUGUGAUGCUGGAUCCAAUUUCAAGCUUUAUCCACUGCAUGAAAUCAUCUAAAAAUGUGCUGAUGUCUUUGAUUCUGGAGGAGAAAAUGAGCACAGAUGGGGAAAUGGCGAUCUUCGGGCCGGCUGCCCAGUUCCUCCGUAAGUCUGAGAGGGAGAGGACGGAGGCUCAGUCGCGCAAGUUUGACAACAAGACGGCGUGCUUCGUCAGCGACGACAAAGAGCUGUAUGUCAAGGCUGAGAUCCAGGACAGGGAGGACGGCAAAGUCACCGUCAAGACCGUGGACGACAGAACUUUAACCGUCAGGGACGACCAAGUGUUUCCCAUGAACCCCCCGAAGUUUGAUAAGAUUGAGGACAUGGUGAUGAUGACGCACCUUCACGAACCCGCGGUGUUGUUCAACCUCAAGGAACGAUACGCGGCGUGGAUGAUCUAUACGUACUCCGGGUUGUUCUGUGUGACCGUGAAUCCGUACAAAUGGCUGCCGGUCUACAACCCGGAGGUGGUCCGAGCCUACAGAGGGAAGAAGAGGAUGGAGGUCCCUCCUCACAUCUUCGCCCUGUCUGACAACGCCUACCAAUUCAUGCUAACCGAUCGUGAGAAUCAAUCUAUUCUUAUCACCGGAGAAUCCGGCGCAGGAAAGACCGUCAACACCAAACGUGUCAUUCAGUAUUUCGCGACAAUUGCAGUUUCUCCUGACAAGAAAAAGGAAGCGAGUACUAAAAUGAAGGGGACUCUGGAGGAUCAGAUCAUCCAGGCCAACCCUCUGCUGGAAGCUUUCGGGAACGCCAAGACUAUGAGGAACGACAACUCCUCUCGCUUUGGUAAAUUCAUUCGAAUACACUUUGGCACAAGUGGAAAACUGGCAUCUGCAGAUAUCGAAACAUAUUUGCUGGAGAAGUCAAGAGUGACGUUUCAGCUGGCGGCUGAGAGGAGUUAUCAUAUUUUCUAUCAGCUGACUUGCAACAAGAAGCCUGAACUGAUCGAUCUGCUCCUCAUCACCACCAAUCCGUACGACUUCGCCUUCGUCAGUCAAGGAGAAAUCAGCGUCAAAAGCAUAAAUGACGCCGAUGAGCUGAUGGCUACAGAUGAGGCCUUUGAUAUUCUGGGAUUCACCGCUGAAGAGAAAAUGUCCAUCUACAAGCUGACUGGAGCUGUGAUGCAUUAUGGGAACAUGAAGUUCAAGCAGAAGCAGCGGGAGGAGCAGGCGGAGCCAGAUGGCACCGAGGAAGCUGAUAAAGCAGCGUAUCUGAUGGGCCUGAACUCUGCUGAUCUGCUGAAAGCUCUGUGUUAUCCCCGAGUAAAGGUUGGAAAUGAGUACGUAACCAAAGGACAAAAUGUGCAGCAGGUGUACAACUCCAUUGGCGCCCUCGCAAAGUCCGUCUACGAGAAGAUGUUUUUGUGGAUGGUCGUACGAAUCAACCACCAGCUGGACACAAAACAAUCCAGACAACAUUUCAUCGGCGUCCUCGACAUCGCUGGCUUCGAAAUCUUUGAAUACAACAGCAUGGAGCAGCUGUGCAUCAACUUCACCAACGAGAAGCUGCAGCAGUUUUUCAACCACCACAUGUUCGUGCUGGAGCAGGAGGAGUACAAGAAGGAGGGCAUCGACUGGGAGUUCAUCGACUUCGGCAUGGACCUGGCCGCCUGCAUUGAACUCAUUGAGAAGCCGAUGGGGAUCUUCUCCAUCCUCGAAGAGGAGUGCAUGUUCCCCAAAUCAACAGACGCUUCCUUCAAGAACAAACUGUACGACCAGCAUCUUGGGAAGAACAACUGCUUCCUGAAGCCCAAAACAGUCAAAGGCAAACCUGAAGCUCACUUCACGCUGAUGCACUACGCCGGCACAGUCGACUACAACAUCAGCGGCUGGCUGGAGAAGAACAAAGAUCCUCUGAGCGAGUCGGUGGUGCAGCUUUACCAGAAGUCGUCCGUCAAAAUACUGUCCAUGCUGUACGCAAGCUUCUCCGGAACGGAAGAAGCAGCUGCAGGAGGAACUAAAAAAGGAGCCAAGAAGAAAGGAGCAUCUUUCCAAACGGUGUCGGCGCUGUUCAGGGAGAAUCUCGGGAAGCUCAUGACUAAUCUGAGAACCACUCAUCCUCACUUUGUGCGCUGCUUGAUACCAAAUGAGACCAAAACUCCAGGUGAGAUGGAAAACCACCUGGUUAUUCACCAACUCCGCUGCAACGGCGUGCUGGAAGGCAUCCGGAUCUGUCGGAAAGGAUUUCCAAGCAGAAUCCUGUACGGCGACUUCAAGCAGAGAUACAGGAUUCUUAAUCCCAGUGCCGUUCCAGAGGGACAAUUUAUGGACAACAAAAAGGCUGCAGAGAAACUUCUGGGCUCCAUCGAUGUGGAUCACACUCAGUACAAGUUUGGACACACUAAGGUGUUUUUUAAAGCUGGUCUGCUGGGAGCGUUGGAGGAGAUGAGAGAUGAGCGGUUAGCUCAGGUCGUGUCGUCCACUCAGGCUCUGUGUCGCGCCUACCUGGUUCGGCUGGAGUACCAGAAGAUGAUGGCCAGAAAGGAGGCGAUCUACACCAUCCAGUAUAACUUCCGUUCAUUCAUGAACGUGAAACACUGGCCGUGGAUGAAGCUGUAUUUUAAGCUCAAACCUCUCCUGAAGAGCGCCGAGGCCGAGAAGGAAAUGGCCCAAAUGAAGGUGGAUUUCACGAAGCUCAAGGAAGAUCUGGCCAAAUCUGAAAACCGGCGGAGGGAACUCGAGGAGAAAAUGGUUUCUGUUGUGCAAGAGAAGAACGACCUCCUCCUGCAAGUUCAAACCGAGUCGGACAACCUCCUGGAUGCGGAGGAGAGAUGUGAAGGCCUCAUCAAGAGCAAGAUCCAGAUGGAGGCCAAGCUGAAGGAGGUGACGGAGCGACUGGAGGACGAGGAGGAGGUGAACGCCGAGCUGACCGCCAAGAAGAGGAAGCUGGAGGACGAGUGCGCCGAACUGAAGAGGGACAUUGACGACUUGGAGCUCACCUUGGCCAAAGUGGAGAAGGAGAAACACGCCGUUGAAAACAAGGUGAAGAACCUGACGGAAGAAAUCAUGAGCCAAGACGAAAACAUCGCCGUGCUGUCGAAGGAGAAGAAAGCGCUGCAGGAGGCUCAUCAGCAGACGCUGGACGACCUGCAGUCAGAGGAGGACAAACUCAACGUUCUGACCAAAGCCAGAACCAAACUGGAGCAGCAGGUGGACGAGCUGGAAGGUUCGCUGGAGCAAGAGAAGAAGGUCCGUAUGGACCUGGAACGAGCCAAGAGGAAGCUGGAGGGGGACAUGAAACUGGCUCAGGAGUCCAUCAUGGAUCUGGAGAACGAGAAGCAGCAGCAGGACGAGAAGCUGAAGAAGAAAGACUUUGAGUUGUCGCAGCUGCAGACGAAGAUCGAAGACGAACAAGCUCUCAGUGUUCAGCUGCAGAAGAAAAUCAAAGAGCUGCAGGCCCGGAUCGAGGAGCUGGAGGAGGAAAUCGAGUCCGAGCGCUCGGCUCGAGCCAAAGUGGAGAAGCAGCGGUGCGAUCUGUCCAGAGAGCUGGAGGAGAUCACGGAGAGGCUGGAGGAGGCCGGAGGAGCCACCGCCGCUCAGGCCGAGAUGAACAAGAAGCGAGAGGCCGAGUUCCUCAAACUGCGCAGAGAGCUGGAGGAGAGUUCGCUGCAGCACGAGGCCACGUCUGCCGCGCUGCGUAAGAAACACGCCGACAGUGUGGCUGAGAUGGGAGAACAGCUGGACAACAUCCAGAGAGUCCGACAGAAACUGGAGAAGGAGAAGAGCGAGCUGAGGCUGGAGAUGGACGACCUGGCGAGCAACAUGGAGUCCAUGGCCAAAGCAAAGAUUAAUUUAGAGAAGAUGUGCCGUUCACUCGAAGAUCAACUGAGUGAGGUGAAAACCAAAGAGGAGGAGCAUCAGAGGCUCAUCAACGACCUCUCAAGCCAGAGAGCUCGACUGCAGACGGAGAAUGCUGAAAUGUCUCGUCAGCUGGAGGAAAAAGAAUCGUUAAUGUCGCAGCUGACUCGAGGAAAACAAGCCUUCAUCCAGCAGAUCGAGGAGCUGAAAAGACUUCAUGAGGAGGAAGUGAAGGCUAAAAACGCUCUGGCUCACGGUUUACAAUCGUCCCGACACGACUGCGAGCUGCUCCGAGAGCAGUACGAGGAGGAGCAGGAGGCCAAAGCCGAGCUGCACCGCUGCCUUUCCAAGGCCAACAGCGACGUGGCUCAGUGGAGAACCAAAUACGAGACGGACGCCAUCCAGCGGACCGAAGAGCUCGAGGAGGCGAAGAAGAAGCUCGCUCUGCGUCUGCAGGACGCCGAAGAAGCUGUCGAGGCCGUUAACUCCAAGUGUUCGUCGCUGGAGAAGACGAAGCAGCGUCUGCAGGGAGAGGUGGAGGACUUGAUGAUGGACAUCGAGAGGUCGAAUGCUGCUGCGGCCGCCCUCGACAAGAAGCAGAGGAACUUCGAUAAGAUUCUGUCUGAGUGGAAGCAGAAACACGAGGAGAGUCAGGCCGAGCUGGAGUUGUCCGUUAAAGAGGUUCGUUCUUUGGGCACCGAGAACUUCAAGAUGAAGAACGCCUUCGAGGAAUGUCUGGAACAGCUCGAGACGCUCAAACGGGAAAACAAAAACCUGCAACAGGAAAUCAUGGAUCUGACUGAGCAGCUGGGAGAGACGGGAAAAACCAUCCAUGAGCUGGAGAAGUCAAAGAAACAGGCUGAACAGGAGAAGCUGGAGGCUCAGGCUGCUCUGGAGGAAGCAGAAGCCUCUCUGGAGCACGAUGAAUCCAAGAUCCUGCGAGUCCAGCUGGAGCUGAACCAGGUGAAGUCUGAGGUGGACAAGAAGAUAAACGAGAAGGACGAAGAGAUCGAGCAGCUGAAGAGAAACAGCCAGCGGAUCAUCGACACCAUGCAGGCUAACCUGGACGCAGAGGUCCGCAGCAGGAACGACGCCCUGAGAGUGAAGAAGAAGAUGGAGGGAGACCUGAACGAGAUGGAGGUCCAGCUGAGCCACGCAAACCGGCAGGCGGCCGAGUCGCAGAAACAGCUGAGGAACAUCCAGGUCCAGCUGAAGGAGGUUCAGAUUCACCUGGACGACGCUCUGAGAAACAGCGAGGACAUGAAGGAGCAGGUCGCCAUGACGGAGCGCCGGAGCAACCUGAUGCAGGCGGAGAUGGAGGAGAUCCGGGCGGCUCUGGAGCAAACGGAGAGGAGCCGCAAGCUGGCGGAGCAGGAGCUGCUGGACGCCAGCGAGAGAGUGCAGCUGCUCCACUCACAGAACACCUCCCUGCUGAACAGCAGGAAGAAGCUGGAGGCCGAUCUCUCCCACAUUCAGGGUGAGAUGGACGACAGCGUUCAAGCGGCGAGGAACGCUGAGGAGAAAGCCAAGAAGGCCAUCACUGAUGCGGCCAUGAUGGCCGAGGAGCUGAAGAAGGAGCAGGACACCGGCGCUCACCUGGAGAGGAUGAAGAAGAACCUGGAGGCCACGGUGAAGGACCUGCAGCAGCGUCUGGACGAGGCCGAGAACCUCGCCAUGAAGGGCGGCAAGAAGCAGCUUCAGAAGCUGGAAGCGAGGGUGCGGGAGCUGGAGAACGAGCUCGAGGCCGAACAGAGACACGGCUCCGAUUCUGUGAAAGGAGUUCGCAAACUGGAGCGCAAGAUUAAAGAGCUCACCUAUCAGUCUGAGGAGGACAAGAAGAACCUGAUGCGUCUGCAGGAGCUGGUGGAUAAAUUCCAGCUGAAGAUCAAGGCGUACAAGCGGCAGGCUGAAGAAGCUGAGGAGCAAGCCAACACUCACCUGGCCAAGCUGAGGAAGGUGCAGCACGAGCUGGAGGAGGCGGAGGAGCGAGCCGACAUCGCCGAGUCGCAGGUCAACAAGAUGAAAGUGAAGAGUCGUGACUUGGGGAAGGCGAAAGAGAGCGAAGAGUGAACCGCUGUGAAGAGGAAGACGAUCUGCUGUGUGUCUGAGCUGACAUAGUGUUCAACAUACUCUUAACUGAAUGUGUCCUUCAAUUAAAGCCACGAUGUGUAGAAACGCAAAGCAGGAACUUAUUUAUUAGUCUGAUACAAAACAAAAUACAAACCAGGGAAGUGCUGUGGAGGAACACCGAGCUGACAACCAGGAAGUGAAUAAGUCAGGUUUGAAUAGACAGAGACUAAUUAACAAAUUAAACACAGGUGAGGAGGAGAAGAAGAGGUGACAGGAUGAAACUCCUACAAAAUAAAACAGGAAACAGAAACAACUAAAACUCUCUAAAUGUCCAGCAGAUCAACGUUCUGUAUCCACCUGCUGCUGUAACAUCAAUAUCAGGACUCAGUGUGUUGAGAUAAUCAGCCGCUGGUGUUAAUUAUCCAAUCAGGUGCCAGCAAAGUAUUGCAGAAGAAGAAGAAGAAGAAGAAGAAGCUCCAGUCAGAUCUCUUUUUACAACCUGGCAACCCAAAACUUGUUGUUAUUCAGAGGAAAAGUCCACACAGUCUUUAGUUUCCUGCAGUAGAAGUUCAGAUACUCAAAUAAAACUUCAGAUAAAAGUAGAAAUACUAGUUCAACCUGUUUAUUACAGUAAAAGUAAUCGAGUACACGAUCUGAAAUGUACUUAAAGCUGAGAAAUGUUUGUUUCUUAUGUUUAAGUUCUUCACGUCGUGGCUUUUAAUAUAAAGUUCUGCAGCGUGAGUUGCUUGUGUUGUCGUAGUGGAUGUAUGUUGACUUAAUAUCAAUAAAAUGUAUUUAAAAAUCA